AAACACACGAAUCUACAGACUGCCAGCAACCAUGGACGGUCACACUACGGACCCGGAUCACGACCUUUUGCACAACAUUGACCUCUCGACAUUGGACGGUUUCGGGCUCGACCGGUUCUUGCCUGCCCGCGAUGAGGUCCAACCCAGAGUCGACGGGGAUGACGAUAAUGAGGGAGUCGAGGUCGAGAAUUCGAGGAAGGACCAAGAAAGAGGGAGAGACGGAAUUGUGGGACAAGUCACAAGACGAUUGGAGGAGGAUGCAGAGGAACGAGCCGACGGGACUACAGGGAAACGUCGUCGAGUCGAGAUCGAGGAACAGGGCAGAGGCCCUGAGGGUUCGAAAGAGCUCGAUACCGAACGACCACUUCGAGAUCAGGUUCAAGUUCAAAACCUGGAUGACGAAGAAGAGGAAGAGUACAGACCAGAAGUCCCCGAAAUCAGCCGUUCACCCUCUCAUUCUCUCCACGACCACAACGAUAACCUUGAGACCCAUGGCCACGAGCAUACACAAGCCCCUAUCGACCCCGAUCAACCUCUGCCCACCGAUGUCUUGACUUCCAUCCAGACUGAAAACCCAACCGAUCACCCGAGCCCGAUUCACGCUCAUGCUAAACCCCAGACUUCCGAGACCAUCGAACAAGAGAGAUCUCCAUCUCCGAAUACCAAGCGGGUUCGGCAACGAGAAGCAAAUCGGUUGGCCGCGUUGAGAAGUCGGGGCAAGAAGAAGGGUGAAGUGUGAGUAGAGUUGAUUCGGAGAGAGGUAUG